AUGGCUUCCCUAAACCUCUCCAUAAACGGCCCGUCCAUUAAGAAGGAGUACACCUCGGUAGUCGAUGCUGCUGUGCCUACCUCCGGCUCUCCAACCUUCGCCAAGUGGGUUCUUUACACUGUUCAGACGCCUCUUGUCAGCGUUUUUGAGUCUUCCGGAAGCAAUGAAAGCGUCCUCAAGGUAGAGAGCACAGGCGGUAAGCGAACCCCCGACGAUCCGAUGAACCCGCACCAUCUCUACGCGCUUACUAACAAUUCCUUUGCAGAGGGCGAGCUCACCGAACUUUUCGAAGACUUUAGCGAAGGCCGUGUCCAAUUUGGCUUUGUCAAGGUCAAGGACCCCAACUCUGGUCUACCCAAGCAUGUCCUCAUUGCCUGGUGCGGCGGCGGCGUGCCCGAGCGAACAAAAGGCUACUUCACCAGCCACCUCAACGCUGCCUCCAAAGUUCUACACGGAUACCACGUUCAAAUUACCGCUCGAUCCGACGACGAUCUCGAACCCGAUGCUCUUAUGCGCAAGGUCGCCGAUGCCUCUGGUGCCAAGUAUGCCGGCGGACCUGCCGCCGGCGCUGCCAGAGCCCCCCCUCUCAUCAAGUCUAAGCCCGUCUUUUCGCCCUCCAAUUUGAGUGCUGGUCGCUCUGCGAACCCCCUCGUCGCUGCUCGCUCGCGCAGAGACGACAAUGUCGACGCCGAUGGUUGGGGUGCCGAUGCGCCUCCCGUGACUCGAACUCAGGUGGAAAGGGUCGAGUCCGCAUACAAGCCUACCAAAGUUGACAUGUCAAGCCUUUCUCGCCAGAGCGAGCCCUCCCGAUACACUCCCGCCGCCGCUCAACAGCAGGACAGAGAUGUUGUCGGUGGUGGCUACAAGCCUGUUGGAAAAAUCGAUAUCGCGGCUAUCCGCGCCCAGGCGAAGGAGAAGCGCGACGACCGACCAACCCCCGUCAAGGGCGCUUAUGAGCCUAUUGGCAAGGUAGACAUUGCGGCCAUUCGCGCAAAGGCGCAGAAGCCUGCGUCUGAGCAACCCGAACCCGAGCAGCAUGCCGAGCAGGAGUCCCCGAAGCCUCUCGCUGAUCGCGCUGCUGCCUUUUCGCAGCCAGCUCAAUCCGAACGACUAACAUCACUGCCCAAGCCCAAGAUUGCCAACAAGUUUGGUGGUGGCGGUUUCUCAGCUACCAAGGCGCCCACGCCCGGUGCCCUUGGUCUACAAGGCCCUGUUGCCAACGCAUCCUCUGCGCCCGUCACUACCACGAGCCGUACCUUUGCCAACGAAGGUGGCAAGACCCCUGCCCAGCUUUGGGCUGAGAAAAAGGCGCGUGAGAGCGGCGGUAGCGCUGGAGCGGCAUUGCCAUCUUCUCCCGCGCCGAUCAGCCAACAAACGAGUGGCAACAAGGAGUGGAAGAGCGGAUACUCUGGCAAGUCUUGGGCAUCGGUACAGACCCCAGCUUUUGGACGUGGUGGUGCCGAAACUGUUCGCGAGAAUAACCAGGCCAUUCCUGAGGACGAGCAAACCCGCGGCGGCCAAGACGAGCCGGCUGGAGGUGUUUCAGCCCUGCGCGACCGCUUCAAGGGCGCGACGCCCAUGGGAGGCGCACCGCCUGCUCCUGGUGCUACCACUGGACAUGGAGACGAGCAAGAAGAGGAAGAGAACGUCGCCCCUCCCCCCCUUCCUUCCAGCUCUCGUCCAUCUGGUGGAUUUGCUCUGCCUGGCCUGCCUACUCGCCCGCCACCUGUAGAUGACGAAGAGGAAGAGGAGCCGGAGCGUGAACAGUCUCCCAUCCUCGUGGCGCAGCCAGUCGCACGUCAAGCCGAACCAGUUCGCGCUCCCGCACCUCCACCCGCUCCUGCGCCCGCGCCUCGUGAGCCUACCCCCGAGCCGGAACCUGAGCCCGAGCCCGAGCCUGCGCCCGCGCCACCGCCUGCUACCGUUUCUCACCAGACUGCUCCUCCUCCUCCUGCGCCUGCUCCGGCGCCUGCGGCUGGCGGAGCCUCCCAGCGUGCUGUCAUUCUUUACGACUACGACAAGGACGAGGACAACGAAAUUAGCCUAGUUGAAGGCGAGAUUGUCACGGAUGUUGACCAAGUUGACCCCGACUGGUGGAUAGGCACCAAUGUGCACGGCGAGAAUGGUCUCUUCCCCAGCAGCUAUGUUGAACUCAUCGAAGAAGACGAUGCCGGUGCCGGUGGUGGCGCCGCUACUUCACCGCCCCCGACCGCCCCCGCUCCUGCUACUGCUCCGGUGCCCACGCCGGCUGCGGCUGCUCCAGCCCCAGCUGCUGCUUCAACCGGACAUACUGCCACUGCUCUGUAUGACUACGAGGCCGCUGAAGAUAACGAACUUUCAUUCCCCGAGGAUGCGCAAGUCACGAAUCUUGAGUUCCCUGACGACGACUGGUGGUUUGGCCACUACAAGGGUGACUCGGGUCUCUUCCCCGCCAACUACGUCCAGCUCAACCAGUAG